AUGGAUCAAAACAGAAAGAAACGCAAAAAGUGUAAAUUUUACUUCCUACUAAAUGUUCUGCUGGAGGCUAGCGCCAUUGGCGGUGUUGUGUAUUGUACACUCUUCUCCCAUUGCGUGUUGGGCAAUGAAGUCAGCGGUCCAGUGUUCAUAUUCCUUUUAUUCAUAUUUUCUGCCUUCAUACCGGAUUUGUUUUACCUUUUCCUUUGGCGUAAGCUACAUACUUUGGGCAUUGAUCCGCUGGGUUGCAUGUUCAAUUAUUUUAUGGGCGUUUUAUGUAUUUUAGUUGGUAUAGGUCUUACAUUGGUAAUGCUACUCUUCUGUGGACACUAUACACAAUUCAUAUUG